AACUCGGGUCGGAGGUGACGCUUGUGACUCCCUGCGUGUCUUUUGGCGGAUCAAAGUGUCGCUUUCAAGAGUCGACGCUCGGAGUGGCGCAACUGGUUACGCAAGGCUCGUCGGCUCCGCCCACCAGGUGUGUUCGGAGGUGACAAACAUUCUCCAGCUGGAGUGAAACUGGAGCGGUCGAGGCCGAACCUCUGCGAGGACAUGGCUUUUUCCUUCUAAUAAACGGGACCUUUCCUGUCGAGACACCGAGUUGCCUGGACCGAUGUGGCCCCUGCUUGUCCUGGGAGGAUGCCUGCUGCCCGGGCUGCGGCUGGUGUCCGGGAUCGAGAUUUACACCCCCGACGUCGUGACGACGGCCAACGGGACCCACGUGAAACUCAAGUGCACCUUCCGCUCCAGCCACCCGGUGUCCGAGAAGUCCGUCACCGUCUCCUGGAACUUCCGGCCGCUGAAUUCCGGAAUCGAUGAGUCGGUGUUCUACUACCAGGAGGUGCCGUACCCUCCUCAGACGGGCCGGUUCAAGGGCCACGCCGUUUGGUCGGGGGACAUCAUGAGAAAUGACGCCUCCAUCACCCUGCACGAGGUUCCGCCGACGUACAACGGCACCUACAUCUGCCAAGUCCGAAAUCGUCCGGACGUCCACGGCAGCAACGGGGAGAUCACGCUCAAAGUGGUCGACAAGGUCUCCCUCUCUGAGAUCGACAUGCUCGCCAUCGGCAUCGGCGGCGCCUGCGCCGUCAUCCUCGUCCUCCUGGGCAUCGUCAUGGCCGUCAGAUGCUGUCAGAAGAGGCACACCGCGGGCGACAUCGAGCUGCACGAGCGAGAAGCCGAGUGGAAAGACCCGACCGUGUGUCGCCCCGAGGAGGCGCUCCAUCUCACGGCAGUGACCAUGAAGAAGGAGGCCGUCAGUUCGGACGAGGAGGAGUCGGAACCCAGUAGCGGGGAUGACGACGAAGAGGAGGAUGGCGAAGAGGAGGACGAUGACGACGACGACGAUGAUGAGGGAGACGAUGACGACGACGACGAUGAUGGUGGCGGCGGCGAUUGAAAUUUUGAAUGAGUGUUUGAAAGCCACGUCAUCUGACCGUCAAACGUUUGGAAGCUUCAACAGACGCCCUCCUCUGAUUGGCUGGUUUGACGCUUCUGAAUACUUUUAAGUCAAAGUUCAAUUUUUUUUUCCUUUCCAGUUCUACUGUAUUUCUUUAUAUGGCUCAGAGAGUUUCUCAAGCCCUGGUUGGAGGACCGUGCGUGGGUCACAAGAGCUCAAACUAAGGUCAAACGUCAUCAUGAAAAGAUGCUUGAGAUUUAAACCAGACUGUUUAUCAGUGUGUUUUCCUGCGAAGGGUAGUGAGCAGGAGCGUUCCAAUCGUGAUCUCUGACCCCUCUCUGCUCCACUGUGUAGUCCAUUUCAUUGAGACUGUUUUCCAUCUGCUGAGCUGGAUGUAGAGUUGAGCUCUGCUGGUCAGUUUCACCGCUCAGAAGCCUUGAUGGUGGGUCUGUUCCUGCUGUUAAAGCUUAGACUAUUAUGUGUAAUUCUCAAACAAGUUGUAAUUAUUUUAAAAGGAUUGUAAACCAAAUAAAGAUAACCAAGUUUAGACGCCAUAAUAAACAACCAAGCUAAUGCUAGUAACCAUAUGAAAGUCGGGAGUUCAAUCGAAGUGGAAGUAAUAGUGGAGUGCGAAGUAUUUGGUUGAUAAACAAAAGUGAUAGAGGAGUUUGAAGCCUUGUUGAACACUUCGGUCUGCAGAGUAUGUCCAUGUAAAUAAGCAGUGAUGUUCUGAAGGCGUGAAGAAAGCUGCGUCGUCCUGUUGCCGCCAAGACUCCCGCCCUCCCGGUCACAUGGUGUGUCCACCGCCGUGCUGAUUCCUUCUCUUUCACACUGACCUGUUGUCACAUUGACUUUUUUAUGCUGUACAAAUGCGUUAUUGACAUUUUAAAAAGCCUAACUAGCCCACACACCCCUCCUUCCCGGCGCCCUGAUGUGCUGCUGCCAGAUCACAUGACCCUCCUCUCGAGCGAGAGGUUUGGACGAUGGAAGCGCCAGCCUUUGACUUCACAGUGUUUUUAGAUUUGAUUUAGAUUUGAUUCGUUUUGUAUUUGUUUAUAAAAGCUGAUCUGCUCCGAUGUUUUUAGA